AUGUCUUCUCGUUCCACCAGCAGCAUGAGUAGCGGCAGCGAGGAUGAAGUUUACGAGACCAGGUUUUUUGACGAACAGAAGCCGUCGUUCUUGGCGCAGCUGAAUGAAAAGGAAAUCAGCAAACCUACGAACAAGCUGAAGAACGCAAAGAGGAAGUUUGUCAAACCACAGUCUGAGUCUGAGGAGAGUAGAAGUGGAGAGGAUAGUGAGGAUAGUCUGGCUAGCGAUGUAGCAAGUGACGACGCAGCCAGCGAUAUUCCCAGCGACGCAGACGAUAAUCUCGAAGACAACUACCAGCUCCAGCUCCAGAAGCAGCACUCAAAAGCCUCCCCUCAAGCCGAACAGAAUAGACUGCCGAUAAAGCUUGACGACGGAAAGAUAAAAAACCUGCCGUCGCGCCCGAAGCAGCUCAAGGCUGACGACAUCUACGAGAGCCAGUCUGAGCAGGAGGAGGAUGACCAAGAGGUAGACAAGGACAAGUCAGAUGAGGCUGACGAAGAGGACAGCGACGAGAAGACACACCAUAUCUACAGAAUCUAUAUGCAAAACAACACUAAGAAAUCUCAACUAGCUGCUGCUAAAUUCACAAUGGCUUCAAUUGCUCAGACUGUACUGACAGAUCCAGAGGAAAAUCUAAUCCAUAUAAGAAAACUCCAGCAGCUGACUCAGUACAAGUUAAAAUACGACGAUAAGGAGAUCGUAAACCUAGAGUCUAUCAGACAACUAUCACACUUAUCACUCUCAGCCAUAUUUGUUGAUAUUCUGCCAUCGUAUAGGAUAAGAAAGCUCAGUGAGAAAGAGAAGACAGAGAAAGUCAGCAAAGAGGUUGCGGCGCGUCGUCAGUGGGAAGAGCUAAUCAUACAGCUUUACCAGAAUUGGCUUGCGAGUCUUGACAAAGAGAUAAAAAAGGCAUCAACACUGACGAAAGUAUGUCUGCAGUGUAUGUGUAUCAUGUUGGAGAGGGCGACACACUUCAACUUCCACACAAACAUAAUGGAAUGUGUUAUCGGUCGGAUAUCGAAGCAGUCAUGGGAUGAAUUGUCUAAAAUGUGCUAUGAUGCACUCGAAAAGGUCCUCAAGAGUGAUGUUAGCGGAGAGUUCAGUCUCGAGAUUACAAAGAUACUCAAUAGAAUGAUAAAGGAGCGUCAAUUUAGAAUAUCUCCAAACGUCUUGUCUUUAUUUAACAACCUCAGACUCAGAGAAGAGCUAACACUUGAGUCAACGCAGAAACCAAACAAACAUCAACGUAAAUUCAAAGAAAACAAGGAGAAGAAGCAUUUGUCAAAGAAGGCAAAGAAAGCUCAUCGCGAGAAUAAAGAAAUUGAAAAGGAGAUGAAAGAAGCGCAAGUUGAAGUGGAUAAGGAGACUAAGGAUAGGAAUAACACUGAGACGCUCAAACUCAUUUUCGUCAUUUAUUUCCGCAUACUUAAAUUUCCAGAAUCUAGUCCACUCCUGCCUGUAGCUUUGGAAGGUGUCGCCAACUUUAGUCACCUCGUUAACGUUGACUUCUUUGUUGACCUUCUUGACGUGUUGAAGAGUAUCAGUAAGAGAGCUGAGCUGGAUGCACUGGUGGAAGAGAAAUUGGUGCACGAGGAGGAUGAGAAUGUGGACACUUUAGUUCCGUCGAGUGAAACAAGAUUGAGGCUGCUGUGUAUCUCUACUGCAUUCAAGCUUUUGACGGAUCAAGGAGAGUCGCUGAAUAUAGAUCUCGAUGACUUCUUGACUUCACUUUAUGCGCUGCUCCUACCACUGAGCAUCUCACCAACAAUAGAAACUGUACCAGACAACAGUGUCAAAUCAUUCAAAAAGAUCAAACCGGUCCAUGCGAAAUCUGAGUCAGAGUUAUUGUUCGACACGCUCAAUAUUGUUUUCUUCACAGCGCGCAACCAAACCAAAGGAGUACCAUCGACGAGGUGCCUAGCAUUCGCCAAGCGGAUUUUGAUUUGCACGUUGCAAUGGCCUGGUGAUAGUUCACUCAAGGCAGUCGACUUUGUGCAGAAGUUGGUAGGUAUAGCAGGUGGAUCGGUGAUAGAGACGCUGUUAAGUACUGAAGAUAGAAUGUCGGGUGAGGGUGGUUAUAAGGCUUACUUGAAUGAUCCGUAUGCGUGUAACGCGCAGAAUGCAUUGGGAUUCGAGUUGGCGUUACUCGAAUCACAGCAUUACGAUAGUAGAGUACGCAACGCAGCGUACGAAUUAGCAAAUACUAAGAGAUAA